UCGGUUCCUCUCCUCUCCUUCGCUCUCGUGUGCGCGUGCCGCGCGAGUGUUGCGAGUGGUCCAACGCCAUUUUCUUUCGUUUCUUUUUUUCAUUACUUUCGACUUCUGAUUUGUCGAUCACGAGCGCUGAUCGAAGGACAUUUCAAUAACGCGCGAGUUGGUUACGACCGUCGACUGGUGAGAGAGCGCGUGGGUGAGCGCAAGCCGGUCUUUUGAUUUUUUCUUUUGUUUUUAGCACGAACAGGCCGGCAGGUCCCACGUGACUCACGACUGCUAAACAGGUGUUCGUAUACCGUCAUUGUUUUUUUCCCAACCCGUUCUUCCCUCCAGGAGAGAUCUCACCGUUAUACGAGCAAAAUGUCCCAGCGUAAUAACUGCAUUUGCACGUGACUCGAAGCCGAAUACAGUGUCUUGUGUCUCGCGCUCACUCGAUCGUUUUCGAUAUUUUACCCAAGUGCGCGUGUGACUGAAUGCAGCAGUAGAGACACAUCGGUUCUGCUUUUCUUCACCCCGCACGAGGUGUAAAAUCUCCGCGGCGAAGAUGAUUCCCAGAAAACAUCGUCCCUGCCUGCUUGCCGUCGUCGUCGUCGUCGCUCUACUUGCAGCCUCAACUUGCAAAGCUGCUGGUGUCGUCGACGAGGCUGAAGAUUUAGAUCCAAGCGUUCAAGAUUACACCGACGAAGAUUACAACGACGUCUUCGACGCCGCUUCGAACGACACGGACGAUGAGGCGCCGGCGGACAAGGCCGGCACGUUGAAGUUCACGCGAGCCCUAGCGAAUUUGACCAAAGACGCCGGAAGCGUGGUGCACAUGAGAUGCGAGAUAGUCGGCAACCCGCCACCAAACAAGAUUCGCUGGUUCAAGAACGAGGCGCUAAUCAAAGAGGAGUCCAACAGGAUUAUCAUCAAGAAAAUCAAUUAUCAGAAUCACAAGCACGCGGCGAAGAACAUAGCCGGCAGCCGCCUGAAGAUCGUGCGCUUGGACGCGAACGAUCGAGGAUUUUACGCGUGUCGAGCGAACAACGGCAAGGAGUUCAUUCAGAGCGAGGGUACGCUUCAAGUCAGAGCCUCGCGCCACGAUAAUCAUGGAGUGAAUCCUUUAGUUGACGUCGGUGGUUACGCAUCUACUUUGCCUCAUUUACCAGAUCUACUCGAUGACAACGAAGAUGAAGAUAAAUUUGAAAGUUCAAGGGGUGGAAUUUCGACUCCGUACCAGCAAGGGCCAACGAAUACUUAUGGAAAAUUACCUCCGAGUCCCCAGCCAACGGGCUUGCAACCCAGCACAAUAGAUCUCACUGAAAUCAGUGGCCUUAAAAAUGUCAAUAUGCAACUGCCAGUAGGUGUUAGUCUUGCCAGCCUACCUGGCGUAUCCACACUUUCUGGUCGAAAAGACAAUCACGGAGGAAUUUGCGAGAUUUAUGUCGGAAAAAUUUGCGAAAAAUUCGUUGGAAACCAACCUGUAUUUUUACCUUAUCCUCUCAAUCAAAGCAUACUCGAAGAAAAGCUCAUAAAGGCAUUUCAAGUUAUAAACAAAUCAAGCGAACUUUCCCAAAACUGUGGUCGUUAUGCUCAGCCAUCGCUAUGUUAUUCAACAUUUCCAAUUUGUAAAGAAUUCUCCAAAAAUCAAAAACUUAGCACUCAAUUAUUCAACCUUCUGAAUGCAAAUCAACGAGAUCCAUUUGAUGACGCAGACAUUGAUGAUAACUCAGACGAUCUUUCUAAUUUGCGUCAUGGCAUUCCACGUAAAAGAGGUGCUAAAUAUCGAUCAAUGGGUGACGCUAGUCCGGAACUGCAUAGAGAUCGAGGUUCACCAAACGGCAAAAUAAUCAGCACAUCGUACGGUGACACACGCUCAGCCAGAAAAGACAGCUUGAACAACAAAUUGAGAAGAAUCUGCCGGAAAGAAUGUGAAAUGUUGGAAAACGAUCUAUGUCGAAAAGAAUAUGCCAUUGCUAAAAGACAUCCAGAGAUUGGACGACAAGUACCUUUAGUUGAAUGCUCUGAGCUGCCCGAAACGGAUGAUUGCAUGAGCAUUGGAAUCACUAUGGAAAAUGUUCGAGAGAAUGAAUACUGUUACUGGGGAAAUGGAAAAUCAUACCGUGGAAUUCAUCAAACAAGCAUAUUGGGUCCUUGCACACCCUGGAUACAACAAUUCAAUCUACCAAUAUCUGAUUAUCCCGAGCUUGCAGGACAUCACUCAUAUUGUCGGAAUCCCGAUAAUACAGAAGCGCAACCGUGGUGUUACGUAGAAAAUCGUCAAAAAGCACUUUGUAAUAUACCUAAGUGUGGACUAUUGCAAACUGUUGAAAACUCGUGGGUUUACGGUGUUGUUGGUUUCGUACUCACUGGAGGAUUUAUAAUUAUAUUGAUUUGUUAUUGUUGUUGCUAUAAAAGUAGAAAGUCUAGGAGACAAACGAAUCAUUUACCUACAAAUAAAAUGUUAACUGGAUUACAAUGUGACAAGAAUAUAUAUGACGGAAGACGAAAUAUGACACAGCCCAUGGAGAUGAGUUCCCUGUUAGCUGCUCCUGGAAAUACAACUCCCGGAACCGGAACGUUAAGUAGUGGAAGUAGUAGAACUUCGAAUAAUCGUGUGCCACAGUUUACAAUAAAUAAUGUGACGUUGUUACAAGAAUUGGGAGAAGGAGCAUUUGGUAAAGUUUAUAAAGGAGAAUUGCAGACUGGUAAUAAGUCUGAUGAAGUAAUUUACGUUGCUGUUAAAACGUUGAAAGAGAACGCAAGUCCAAAGACUCAGAAUGACUUCAAGCGUGAAGUUGAUCUUAUGACUGAUCUCAGGCAUCCGAAUAUCAUUUGUUUACUCGGUGUUGUACUCAAUGGCGAGCCGAUGUGUAUGCUAUUCGAAUACAUGACUCAGGGUGACUUACAUGAAUUUCUGAUAUGUCACUCUCCGAGAACUGAUGUUCCUCUUAACAACAGUAGUGGAAAGAUUUUACAGCAGCCUGAAUUUUUGCACAUCGCACUUCAGAUUGCUUCCGGAAUGGAAUAUUUAGCAAGCCAUCACUACGUACACAGAGAUUUGGCGGCCAGAAAUUGUCUAGUUGGCGAAAAUCUCACAGUGAAAAUUUCUGAUUUCGGUCUUUCUCGCGACAUCUAUAGCAGCGAUUAUUACAGAGUACAAUCAAAAAGUUUGCUUCCUGUCAGGUGGAUGCCACCGGAGUCAAUAUUGUACGGCAAAUUCACAACUGAAUCCGACGUAUGGAGCUUUGGAGUAGUUUUGUGGGAAAUUUAUAGUUACGGCUUACAGCCGUACUAUGGUUACAACAACCAAGAAGUCAUUGACAUGAUUCGCUCACGACAGUUGCUACCCUGCCCGGAAGAUUGUCCAACCAUGAUUUACAGCUUAAUGAUCGAGUGUUGGCACGAGGUUGCAAACCGCAGGCCACAAUUUCCAGAGAUUCACCAUCGUUUGCAUAACUGGUACGUUAACCAGACAUAUCUGACCGACUACUGCAACGACUCGAUAACCAGCUACUCGGGCAGCGGCAGCCACAAGAGUACCAACAAGACUAACUCCACGCAGCUCUCAGCACCAAACAAUUUUAAAAAUGAUUCGCUUAACAGGAAUCAAAUGCCCAAUUUUAAUCAACAACAAACCUUCGCCAAUGGUAUUCCAUAUAAUGUGAAUGAACAGAAAAUGAAUUAUCAGGGGGAGGAGAAACAAUGUUGUUCACCUAAGCUCAGUGGAGCUAAAAAGGUUCUACCGUUGUUAACAAGCCCAAAUAUGAAAGUCAACGGUACAAGACCUAUGCAGAAUGGCGCUCAACUCGUUGUCAGACUACCCGAUCCUAGUAAAGUACUCACUGAGACCAGACUAUCCAAACAGUAAUCUUCUGUGUGGAUCGUGAUUGAGCGAUAGUACGUUAAAUGUUCGAAUAUCAACGCAGUUCUUUAUUAGUAGUUUUAAGAAGCAAAGCAUAACUGUUUUUGAACGAGUCGUUAAGAAAUAGAACAAUUAAGUCUCGAUACGAAAGGUAGAAAGCAUAAAAUUUUCAACUUAAAUGGAUAGAGAGUAUUUCUAAUUUCGUUUGUCUUUCUUUUAUUGAAAAAUGGUAUUUUUUAUUUUUAACUCUUAGAAAUAACUAAUGGAUGAAUGUUACCUUUUAGUUUUCUAGUAUUUAUUUGACUUUGAAAAGAAAUCGAGCUAAAUGUAUUUAUCGACACUAUUCUAAGAGCUUGUAUUUUAUUACUACUUUUAAUAUAAUAUACGCUAUUUCUGAGACAGUUAUUAGAAAACCGUUAUGUAUAUAUUAUUUGUUUUUAUAUACGAUACAGUUUGUGAUUUUUUAGUGCCACAUAAAAGAACGAUAAUUUGAUCGGAGACAUAUUUUAUAUUUUCUUAAUUUAACAGCCCAAUGAACUGUAACGAAAUACGCGAUUUUUUUCUUUUUCUUCAUCAAUUCAUAAUCUUGUAGUAUAUUUGUUGUAGCUAAACAGUUUAGCUUUAUAAUGUACAUCUAUCCGAAUAGUUUCAAAGAAAUUCACACUGCCGAUUAAUCGUGUUCUAAUUUAAUCGUGUCUUAAAUUUUUAAUAAGAUUCGAAGUUACUAUUCUAUACUAAAAUCAUUUAUAAUGGAAAAAAACUGUUAUACCAAAAAAGGAGAAACUUAAGUAUGAAGCAAUGAUCACAUUAUAUCAGAUUCGAUUGAUUUUAAAAAUGAUUUAAUUCGCAAAGCAUUUCCUUCGAUAAAGUAAAAUUUAUAUUUGUAAAAAGUUUCGAAAACUGUUUUGUAUCAAAACAAAAAUUCCUGUUACAAAGCGUUUCAAACCAGGAAAACAAUUGAUAAAACAUUUUUGCAACGUAAUUUUAGUAAAAGUUAGACACGGUUUGUUGUGUAACUGCGGCGUUUCACUAUUGAUCUACGUACACAGGUCAUGUCAAUAAUUAAAUGUUUGAAGCGUGAUGAAUGCAAUAAUAGUUUAUUUAUUAUUCUUUAGACAAGUUCGACCACUAUAGAAUAAUUUUGAAAUACCUUACGCAGCGAAUUGGAUGUUUGAAAAACACGUAUUACCGUUUCAUUUGUUAAAGUUUAGAUUUUUUAAACAUUAAGUACUUUUAAGUGUUCAUUCUUGCUAACGUGAAAUGAUAGCAUGCUUGCUUAAACAUAAUUUUAUGUUUCACACGCUGAAUGUAAAAAAUCGAAAAAAACAAACAAUAAAGCUGAACAAGUAAAUAUGAAAAAAAAAUAAAAGCUCUCAUCGCAUUUCAGAGUACCUUCAUAUGCAAACUCGGAAUGACUAUUUUCUAAGAAAACUAGAAGAAACAUUUUUCAUAUUUGCUUGAUAAAAUAAAAAUCUUAGUAUUAUAAGAUAGUAUGUUAUAUAUAACGAAAGAAUGAACAAUAUAAUAAAUGAAGAGAUUCGUGUAAUUAAAAAAAGCGUGUAUGAUAACUUUUAUAAUUUUUUGAGAUAUAUAUUAUAUAUAAUAUAAAUAUUCUAUGUGUAAACUGUAAAUCCAAAAGAAACGAGUGUGAAAAAAAAUAAUUUGAAGGAACCGUUUGGCUAAACGAAAUUUUUGAAAUUGUCAUAUAUAUAGAAUAUCAAGCGAUUGCCGAAAUGAAAAACGAAAAUUUUUUGUGUAUCGACUCGCAAAUUAAUCUCUAUGACUGAUUUUACUAUAUUUAUAUGAUGACUGUCAUUUUUCAAUAGUCUAUACACUGAAAUUGAAGAAUUUUUCGCAAAAAUCGACAACUAAUCUAAAAUAUUUAAAUAUUUUCGAUACACAUGCAAUCGUUUGAUAAUGUUUUCAAACAUCUGUAUAUGCUAUUACUUUUAAAGACUGAUGCUCUUAAAUAUAUAUACAAUGUUUUGAUUCAUAGUUGUAUAUCAUUUCACAAUAUCAUUUGUAGAGUUUCCUGCGAAACUAAGGGUUAUAGAUUCACACCAUAAUUUGUAUUUAAUAUUUAAAAACUUAUACAACAUUUAUAU